CUCUGCGCGUGUCAGUAGGGACAAAAACAAAGCAGCGCAACACAACACGUAGUUUCUGUGUCAUUACGAAUGUUUAGCGGAUAUAAGCACAUGCAUAGGGAAUAAAAAAAACAGUCGAGAAAACAAGAGCGAGGAAACAACACCGGAAGUGGGCGGUUAAAAGAGAGAGAGAGAGAGAGAGAGAGAGAGAGAGAGAGAGAGAGAGAGAGACGAAUGAAAAAGUGCACAACCCGCUGGUGGAAGCGGACACACGGGCAGCUCAGGUUGUCUCGUCACGUUUGUCUCUGUAAAUCUACCCGGAGUUUUUUUGCUGCACUUUUUAUGCAACUCGACACAUUUCAUCACAAGAUGGCGGUGUGGAUUCAGGCCCAGCAGCUGCAGGGUGAUGCCCUGCACCAGAUGCAGUCUCUCUACGGCCAGCAUUUCCCCAUCGAGGUGCGACACUACCUGUCCCAGUGGAUAGAGAGCCAACUCUGGGACUCCAUCGAUCUGGAAAACCCGCAGGAGGAAUUUAAAGCCAAGCGCUUGCUGGACAGUCUAAUUCAAGAACUACAGAAAAAGGCAGAACAUCAAAUGGGAGAGGAUGGCUUUCUACUCAAGAUUAAACUAGGCCACUAUGCUUCACAGUUAAAGAGCACAUACGACCGAUGUCCACUGGAGCUGGUGAGAUGCAUCAAACACAUUCUGUACACGGAGCAGAGACUAGUCAGGGAAGCUACUAAUUCAAACUCUCCGUUGAGCGGGAUGAUGGACAGCAUGUCUCAGAAAUACCAGCAGAUAAACCAGGCGUUUGAGGAGCUGAGGGUCCUGACGCAGGACACCGAGAACGAUUUGCGCAAACUUCAACACAAUCAGGAGUACUUCAUUAUACAGUAUCAGGAGAGCCUCCGAAUACAGGCUCAGCUAUCGAGUCUGGCUGCGUUGCCCCCCGCUGACAGACAGCUGCGAGAGCCGAGUCUCCUCAGCAAGAGAGCCACGGUUGAAGCCUGGCUCACCAGAGAAGCCAACACCCUGCAGAAGUACAGACUGGGCCUAGCAGAGAAGCACCAGAAAACACUGGCAUUGUUGCGAAAACAGCAGACACUGAUCCUCGACGAUGAGCUGAUCCAGUGGAAGAGACGUCAGCAGCUCGCCGGAAACGGAGGACCACACGAGGGCGGACUGGAUAUCCUGCAGUCAUGGUGUGAGAAGCUUGCAGAGACCAUUUGGCAAAACCGACAGCAGAUCAGAAGGGCGGAGCAUUUAAGACAGCAGCUGCCAAUCCCCGGGCCCAUUGAGGAACUUCUCAAUGAUCUCAACAGCACCAUCACCGAUAUCAUUUCAGCGCUUGUAACCAGCACCUUCAUUAUAGAGAAGCAGCCGCCUCAGGUGCUGAAGACUCAGACGAAGUUUGCAGCUACGGUGCGUUUGUUAGUAGGAGGAAAACUCAACGUCCACAUGAACCCUCCUCAGGUGAAAGCCACCAUCAUCAGCGAGCAGCAGGCCAAGGCGCUGCUGAAAAACGAAAACACCCGGAAUGACAGCAGUGGAGAGAUCCUGAAUAAUAACUGCGUGAUGGAGUAUCACCAGACCACAGGCACCCUGAUCGCACACUUCAGGAACAUGUCUCUGAAGAGGAUCAAGCGUUCAGACCGCCGCGGCGCAGAGUCCGUAACCGAGGAGAAGUUCACCAUCUUGUUCGAGUCGCAGUUUAGUGUCGGGGGCAACGAGCUGGUUUUUCAGGUCAAGACCCUGUCUUUGCCUGUCGUGGUGAUUGUCCAUGGAAGUCAGGAUAACAAUGCCACAGCUACGGUUCUAUGGGACAACGCUUUUGCUGAACCAGGCCGAGUCCCUUUCCUGGUUCCUGAUAAAGUGAUGUGGCCACAGCUAUGUGAGGCUCUCAAUAUGAAGUACAAGGCAGAGGUGCAGUCGAACCGAGGUCUUUCUGAGGAGAACCUCGUCUUCCUCGCUCAGAAGGCCUUCAGCAGCUCCAGCACCAACCCUGAGGAUUACCGGGGCAUGACCAUGACCUGGUCCCAGUUUAACAGGGAAAGCCUUCCAGGUAGAAACUUCACAUUUUGGCAGUGGUUUGACGGCGUCAUGGAGCUCACAAAAAAACACCUGAAGCCUCACUGGAAUGAUGGGGCGAUCUUGGGCUUUGUGAACAAGCAGCAGGCUCAGGACAUGCUGAUGUCCAAACCUAACGGCACGUUCCUGUUGCGCUUCAGUGACUCUGAGAUAGGAGGCAUCACCAUCGCAUGGGUGGCAGAGAACCCCAACAAAGCAGGUGAGAGAAUGGUGUGGAACCUCAUGCCCUACACAACCAAAGACUUCUCUAUUCGCUCUCUGGCUGACCGUAUAAGUGAUCUGAACCACCUGCUGUUCCUGUAUCCUGACCGACCCAAAGACGAGGUCUUCUCCAAGUACUACACCCCUCCACUGUCGAAAGCAGUGGACGGCUACGUCAAGCCGCAGAUCAAACAAGUGGUUCCUGAGUUUACGACGCCUAAUCCAGACCCAGCAGCGAAUGCAACCUACAUGGAUCACGCAGCAUCACCGGCUGUCAGUCACCCGCAGAACUACGGCAUCUACCCAGCAAUGAGCGACAGCAUGCUGGACGGAGACGGUGACUUCGAUCUGGACGACACCAUGGAUGUAGCAAGACACGUGGAGGAGCUUCUCCGCCGACCGAUGGAGGGCCAGUGGAGCGGCCAACAGUCAUCGUUAUACCGCAUGCUGUACUCUCUUGCUCUUUACCCCGAGCCGCAGGUACACCACUGCACUCGUUGUCAUGGUGACGUAUGCUCAUCCAUUCCUGUGUCCAGUUACCAACCUGUAUCUGUCAAAGUGAAAGAUGUGAACUCGCCCAGCCUGACUCUCUCACUGUUGCUCUUUACCACGUGGCGGACCACUAUGGCCGAGCCGGAGGCUGCGGACACGGUGAGACCUGCGCGAGACUUUCCCUCUGCUGCACCGAAUGACAGCGAUGAUGCUCCUGCGGCUGCGGGCGCGCGCGCGUUCCUCAACACGGCCACUGCUGCUGUCCUCACCGGCGGCCCCGGAGCGCACGGAGCAGAGGUGGUGGUGCACAGUAACGGCGGACACCGGAGCAGAGACAGUUCGGCGGAGAGGAGCCACGGAGCUGGAAACGCACCUUGCGGCAUCAUGAAGAACAACUCAAAGCAGCGACAGGUGAGGAAGAAGACAGUGUCGUUCAGCUCCAUGCCAAGUGACCGCAAGAUGAACAGCACAGCUGCCUGCAUGGCUUUUAUGUUGGAGGGAUGCGAGAUGAAAAAGGUCCGCUCCAACUCACGCAUGUACAACCGGUACUUCCUACUAGACCCAGACUUGCGCUGGCUCCGCUGGGAACCUUCAAAAAAGGAUUCUGAAAAGGCUAAGCUGGAGAUUAAAAGUAUCAAAGAGGUCCGGUCAGGAAAGAAGACCCCUGUCCUACGCAGCAAUGGACUCUCGGAUCAGUUUCCAGAAGAGUGUGCUUUCUCGAUCAUUUAUGGAGACAACUAUGAGUCUUUGGAUUUAGUGGCAAGUACAGCGGAUGUGGUCAGCACCUGGGUGAUGGGGCUGCGCUAUCUGGUCUCUUACGGGAGGCACAUGGUCGGAGUGGUGGAAGCCACUCAGCCGAGCUUAAGAACAUCCUGGAUUGGCUCGGUGUUCGAGUUGGCUGAUGUCGAAAGGCAGGGCCACAUUGACCUGUUCCGUGCCACACAGAUUAUCAAGGGGCUUAAUCCAGGCAUGAAAGAGUCACGGAUUAUGCUGAAGUUUAAAGAACUUCAGAAAGCCAAAGAGUGCUAUGGAGAGGCCAUUGACCUAGACUUGUUUGUAGAGUCAUAUUGUGAAUUGUGCACAAGACCUGAGAUUUUUUUCCUGCUUGUGCAGUUCUCUAGCAACAAGGAGUACCUGGAUUCUAAAGACUUAAUGCUGUUUGUGGAAGUUGAGCAGGGUGUAGAGGGAGUGUCAGAAGAGAUGUGCCGUGAAAUUGUGAGGAAAUACGAGCCGUCGGCUGAAGGUCGUGAUCACGGAUACUUAUCUAUUGAUGGUUUUACACAUUACCUCUUGUCAUCUGAGUGCCAUAUUUUUGACCCACAGCACAAAAGCGUUUGUCAGGACAUGACACAGCCUCUGUCUCACUAUUACAUCAACUCCUCACACAAUGCCUCUUUGCUGGAGGACCAUUACUGGGGGUCCUCAGACAUUAGCAGCUAUGUCCGUGCUUUGCGCAUGGGCUGCCGCAGCAUAGAGGUGGUGGUGUGGGAUGGCCCUGACUCUGAGCCUGUAGUUUACGUAGGCAGCUCUGUGGCCUCCCAGUUGGCUUUCUCAAAGGUCCUGGAUGUCAUUAACCAGUAUGCCUUUGAAAGCUCAGAGUACCCACUUAUUCUGUGCCUAGUGACGCAUUGCAGUGUUCCGCAGCAGAGGGUCAUGGCCCAGCACAUGAAGAAGAUCCUGGGGGACAAACUUCACACAGAGCCUCCCAGUGCUGAGGAAAACUAUCUGCCUUCACCAGAGAAACUAAAAGGCAAGAUACUUCUGAAAGGGAAAUGCCUUCCACCAGACAUUCAAGAUUCUGAAGGGGAGGUGACUGAUGAGGAGGAGGGGCUUGAGAUGUCACGGCGCAUGGUGGGAGCAGACGAGAAGGACCAUCUCAAUGGUUUUAGUUGUAAGAGGCUGCAACUUUGUAAAGAACUGUCAGAUCUUGUCACCCUUUGCAAAUCUGUCCAAUUUAAGGAUUUUGAGUAUGCAAAGAGGGAACAAAAGUACUGGGAGAUAUGCUCUUUCAAUGAGGUGGAUGCUAAUCGCUUUGCUAACGAGUACCCUGAGGACUUUGUCAGUUAUAAUAAGCGAUUUCUAUCACGAGUAUACCCGACUCCCAUGCGCAUUGAUGCCAGCAAUAUGAACCCUCAGGACUUUUGGAAAUGUGGUUGUCAAAUUGUUGCUAUGAACUACCAAACACCAGGCCUGAUGAUGGACCUUAAUUUGGGUUGGUUUAGGCAAAAUGGUAACUGUGGUUAUGUGCUUCGCCCUGCCAUAAUGCGCGAGGAGGUCUCGUACUUCAGUGCCAAUGCUCGUGACUCUCUGCCUGGUGUGUCUGCCCAGCUUCUCCAUAUUAAGGUGAUCAGUGGCCAAAACUUGCCAAAACCUCGUGGUUCAGCAGCAAAAGGUGACGUGGUUGAGCCAUACAUAUAUGUAGAGAUCCACGGAAUCCCUGCUGAUUGUGCUGAGCAGCGCACAAAGACUGUAUCACAGAAUGGUGACAAUCCCAUUUUUGAUGAAAGCUUUGAGUUCCAAAUCAAUCUCCCUGAACUAGCAGUUUUACGUUUUGUGGUUCUUGAUGAUGACUAUAUUGGGGAUGAGUUCAUUGGCCAGUACACCAUACCCUUUGAGUGUCUGCAGCCUGGAUAUCGUCAUGUACCAUUGCAGUCACUUACUGGAGAGUUUUUGCCCAAUACCACAUUAUUUGUUCAUGUGGCCAUUACGAACAGACGUGGUGGGGGCAGAGCUCACAAGAGAGGUCUUUCUGUGAGGAAGGGUCGCAAGGCACGGGAGUACACUUCAACCAAGACCACGGGGAUCAAAGUGAUAGAUGAACUCUUCAGGGCUUCCACACAGCCACUUCGGGAGGCAACAGAUUUGCGGGAAAACGUGCAGAACGCAAUGGUGUCAUUUAAGGAGCUAUGUGGGCUGACCCCAGCAGCUAACAUGAAGCAGUGUAUCCUGACUGUCUCAUCAUGGCUGCUGAACAGCGAGAGGUCUCUUCGUGUCACCGUGGACUUGAGCGAGUCCUACCCCACCAUGGAGGCCCAGGGUGCUGUCCCAGAGCUACUGCGCAAAGUCCUUCUGGCCUACGACACGAUGAUCCAGACGAGUCGUACUCUGAUCGAAUCAGCAGAUAGUGUCUACUGCAAACUUACUCAGUCACAACGAGCAGGGUUGGAUUUCCAUGAAGAUCUGCACCGGAUCGGCGCUAAGGAGGGGCUGAAGGGUAGAAAACUGCAAAAGGCCAUGGAGAGCUAUGCCUGGAACAUUACCGUUCUCAAGGGCCAGGCGGACUUGUUGAAGCACGCCAAAUCUGAGGCGAUGGACACUCUGAGGCAGAUCAACUACGCCGCUCACUCUUGUGGCCUGGCCAAGAACGGAGCCUCCACUUCACCGGCCUCGCCUUUGCUGCCUCCUUAUCCUCGGUCCCUCGGAGCCUUACACACCAUCCCUGAGACAGACUACCCCACCACAGACACAAAUACCCUACACUGAUAUAUCAAUAUACAGUGAGAAAGAGGAAGAUAAAGAAAGAGGGAAUGAGACAUGAUAGGUGACCUUGAAAAAAGGGUGGGAAUAAAACAAUGCCUUCAAGGACACAGAGAUAGAGGGAAUAAAAGGCUGUAGAAGCAUUUGAAGAAAGCAGGUCUGUACAGAUUGCUCCACAGUUCUGUCUCCAGUGGAAAGUCAAGGACUCCACUAGCUCUGAGGCGUCUGUAAACUGUAAGGAGACGAUGGAAACGGCUGCUUUACUUUACUGCAUGAAUCGGGGUUAAACCUCUAACCUGGGACCCUUACACCAAAAUCUAAUGCUAGUUCUCACCUAUGGAAGAUGUUUGCUAGCUGUAAAGACCAGGAAAGUCUCAUAAACAUUAUAAUAGUAAUAACGCAUUAAGGGCAGGCUGUAAUGAAGGCACACAGAUGUACCGUUUCUCACACACACACACACACAUGCACACACGCACACACACACACGCGCACACACACAUCCAUUCAUAUUUAAUUUUAUUUUAAUUUAUAUUUCUGGCCUUUGGACUUAUCCAGGGCUUUUAUCCAGUGUGUUAUCUGUCUCUUCUAAUACUCACCAUAGUGUUCAAACUGGAACGUCUCCUCCUGAGACAGACUGAACUCAAAGAAAAAAAAUACAGCACAGAGACUCGGACAAGCAAAUAAACGAAAUUGUGACCGAAUUGAAUCAUUUUAGAACUAAUUAAAGGACUAUUUACAAUUUAACUCUGAACAAUCCACACUGUUUGUGAACAAAGUGACUGUUGUAAUAACUACUGUAACUAUUGUGGGUAGGUAUAUUAAUAAUGCGGUUAUUUAAUAAUUACAACAGUAUGUCCUGCUGAAGCCGUAGUCAAGAUGUCACUGGAAUGGAAAAAGGUUAAAGGUGGAACAGGGUGAACCGAAUGGGGGGAUUUUUAGAGAAAGAUUAACAGGUGUUGUGGAAUCUGCAGAAUAACACCUCUUUUUAUUGCUUUCAUUUAUUAAGCCCAUAAUAUAUCAUAAAAUUGGAACUUUACUAGAUCUCAUUGGUUGUUUCCUUUUAUUCUUUUAUUUCAGAUCAGCUUAAAAUGUACGUGUAUAUAUACAUUUACUUUCUGAACUAGGGUUUAUCUGUGUUUGAGCACAGUUAAAUCGUGACAUCAUGACCCAAUCAUGAGGUAAAAUAUUUGUUAUGUACAGUCUGAAACUGAUUCUUUUCCAAUAACAGCACACCCUGAAGUGUUUUUGUUUUUCACAGCAAUAUGCCAACAUUUUUUUAACACUCAUUAAACAGUGACGUUACGCUUUUA